AUGACUUUAGAACAGAAAUUCCAAGAGGCUGUGGGCACGGUGUUCCAGAGAUGGACAACGCUGGCCCUGGCGAUGGAUCAAGGUUGGGGUGGCCGAGACUCGCAUGCAAAAGGCAGGCAGCUUCAGGCCGAAGCGAUUGAGUAUCUUGUCCAGGGCUCCAAGAAGAAGCGCCCUCCAAGCUGGGAAAACCCUGGCGACGUGGAGGACUUUGCACAUUUCCUCUACCUUCGAAUUGACGAGUUGUUCAACACGGAGAGCGAUGAUGGAAGCCCCGCAGAGGUCGCAGGUUUGUGUUUGCGCUUAUUCAAUACCUGUCGGGCUGGUGACGCAUCUUUUGCAGACCAGGUCCUCCAGGCUUGUCGAUCCCAAGCGCCACAAGAGCUGUCAAAAAGUCAAGGAUCCGAGCGCAUUGAGUAUGCCACGGAAGAAGAUGAGCUGAUGGAUAAGAUGGAGGGCAUUGACAUAGAGGGAUGUGAAGGAGAUCCAGACGAUCUCUCAGACUGCGAGGAUUUAAAGGACGCCGAAGGCGGCAUGCCAGCCGACACUCAAAGUGCGCAGGCAGGCUACCCGACCACCAAGCCGAAAGAUGUAGAGCCUAUCGUUGACGAAGAUGGCUUUACUGCCGUCGUCAAAGGACGGCGGAGGCCACGCUAG